UGCGAUUUUUGAGAAACUUUGCAUGCCUGUCAAAAGCGAGAUGAGCGCUCCGUCUCUUGAGUGUCCAGCUCGGCGCAGCUCGCCUUCCAGUCGAUGGCAUCGAUAGAUACGCUCCAAGGUGAAGCGUUAAAACUGCGACGCAAACAAUGAGCCAUGUGUGGUGUGUCGGAGCAAAAGCGAACGUUUAGCGUCUCCACCCUCAUUGCACGAAUAGCGCCCGACCUGGCGGAACGGAACGCAAUAUUUCGCUAGUGCGUCCAUCGUCCAUUGGCUGCAACGUCUUAGUAGUUCGUCAUCCAGGCGGAGGCACUCUAGUAUGAUUUCGCCCAAGGUCAUGAGCGAGUUGCAUCAGGCCAAGCUCGUGCCGACGCAAUUCACAGUACCGAAACCAGGUGAACACGCGUGGUCGCCGGCUGAGCAGCGUCGCUUCUGGGAGGCCAUUCAGCGCUUCCCACAGGGCCCCUGGACAGCCAUCGCCGCCUACGUGGGCUCGAAAUCCACUCGCCAAGCCAUGACCCACGCACAGAAGCUGCGGCAAAAACUCAGUCGAUGGAAACGACGUGUACGCAGCGACUCGGUCAGUUCGGCGUGUAGCACUGGCUCCAACUCGAGUGCAUCGGCCACGGUUACUACGCCUGCUGACGAUAAUGGAUCUCAGUCACCGCCAAUGUCACCGACGGAAUAUGGUGACAUUGGCAAGCUCAGUGUGAUGGACCAUAUUGAGGAGGAGGAUGAAAAGAAGUGCAUGGAGGACGACUGCGAACCGAUGGACAUUAAACCAGAGUUUAAGAGCGAAGUACAGCAGUUUGACGGUCAUGAGCAGGUGCACGAUGCACACGACGACCGCUACUUGGAGCAUCUGCUGACCGAUAUUGAGCCGGUACUGGAGCACGUCGCGCACUUUACGAAUGGUUCGCAUGACCACGGCACGGAGGAGGCAACGCGGCCAGUGGCGACGACCGACUACACCAGUGAACAGGCAGUGUAUUUUACGCACCAUGCGGACGUGGCGUCGGAACACAAGACGAUGGAGCACUCGUGGCAUCAACACCACCCGCACGCUGUGUAUUACCAGCAGCAUCAUCAGCAACAGUAUCACCACCAACCGUAUAGUGCGCCGGCUACCUCAACGGCAAUGCACUACACGCCCAGUGAGGGCGGCCACCAGCACAACAACUUCCACCAUAUAUAAGGUGGCCUCCGUCUCUUGUCGUCUAGAGUUUUCGCGAACAAGACUGGAGUAUGCGUGAUAGUGAAGCUGAAUUAGUUAAUAGUUAGUAGUAAUCAAACGAGUGGAUGGAUAUCUCAGCACUGCCUGGAAUUCAUGCGCCCCAGUCGUUCAUGACGUGGCUAAGAAGUACUGUACCCAUGUUGCUGUGGUAGACGGUCACCGUGAUGAACGCGUGAUAGCAGUUGGCAAAGUCGGGUCUGUAUUUCCAUCUGAUCUACUUCUCAAAGUGUCCGUCGAAGCCGACGAAGCCAGCCAUGAGGAAGACGUGGAAGAAAGGCUUCUUCUCUAUUCGAGAGCACCAGUUCCAAGCGCUCGUGAGACGCCCGUCGAUGCACGAGCCGGCAUCGAAGAAAUUGUCCGCACCGCUGCCGUCGAAGCCGUGCUUGAAAAAGUCACACAGAAUACGCUUCUGCAGCGUCUCGGCGCCGCCGAAGCUGUCUUCGAUAUACGCGCGCGUGUUGGGCUGCGCUGCCAGUGCUGGGAUGUCGUGCACCGUGUUGACGAUGGGACUGAGAAUGCGCGAAAUCUGCGUGUACUUGUCGAUGAACAUGAGGGCAUUGGGGACGUUGUGGUCACCUAAGUGUACCACUGAAGAGCCGACCCAGCGAGGACGCAGCUUCUGUGUGUGGUGCAAGAUCGAGUGCACCAAGUGAGACGUCUCGGGUGCGUGCUGCAUACGGUUGAGACCCUGACCAGUAUCACGGAGACGAUACAUGCUGCCACCCAGUAGAUCCUCUUCCACGACCCACCACAGACGUAGCAUGGACGUUGUAAUGUUCUUCCACAGCAGCAGUGACUGCAGCACGUACUCAUACUGACUAGCGUGGCUGUGACUUAGUCGCGCGCCGUUCUUACCUGCCCGAAUGUCGAGACUGAAACCUGAUUCUGCCUUCUCUGGUGUGAAAAACUUCUCCAAGUAGUCGAUCAUCCGCGUGAUUGGCGACCGAUUGGAUGCCAGGUAGCUCUGGCUAUCGGAAAUCGAUGCAAGGCACAGCCGAAUCUCUUCUUCGGACAGCGACGCGGACGAGUAGUCGUGCACGAGCUCCUCGAUCGCCUGUUGCUUGUCACGAGAGAAGCGCUGCAUUGCUUCUGCGUCAGCCAGUAGAUCGGGAUCAACAGCAGCCACUGAAGUCGCCACUGCGCAGCGCGUAUCACGCAGCAUCUCCAGUGCAUGGCGUUCCUUAAGCAGCGACGCCACUGUCUUAAUAGGUGCCACGCAGGAAAAGCCCAGAUAAUUCCUAAUUUCACGCAAGUUGGCGUCCUGUAGCAAGUAGAUCAUCUUGCCGUAGUUGUUGCGCAUGCGCUCCGGGUUCAUGAUCUUAUAGCGACGUCCGAUCUCAAAGACCUGGCGAAAAAACUCCUCGUUGUCUUUGAAUUGCUUGUCUUGUACGAGUCGACGUCCUUGACGGAAGUCGUUGGCGAUCAUCAGUCCAGAAAGCACUCCGAAGGCUUCAUUCAGCUCAUGGAUCACGCGUUUCACGGGCGAGCGGUAGGACAAAACGUCUACCUUGUCUGUGUAUUCGCUGACGUUGAGUGCUGCGUCCAGCAGG